AUGUAUUUUCCAUUAUUCCUCAGUCUGCUCUGGGCGAAAGCGACUUCUCACAUACACCCACCCCUGGAACUCCAGAUCGUGACCUCUAGCGGCAUCAUCAGCGGAAAGUACAACAACACUGCCGAGACGGUCCGCGGUUUCAUAGGUAUUCCGUACGCAGAACCGCCAGUUGGAAGCCUACGAUGGACACCUCCUCUCCCGAAAUUAUCCCAUAAUCUCGUUGAUGCCUCUUCAUUUAGCAAUCCCUGUGCCCAAGUCUACAUUUACUCGAAUCAUUCCAUUUGGAAUGUGCUACCGUACAAGAUAUGGAAUAAGGCCAACAUAUCCGAAGACUGUCUUUAUUUGAACAUCUGGGCUCCCUCUGCCAAACGCAAGCGCCAAAAGAGAGAAGAGAAAGCAGCAGUUAUGAUGUUCAUUCAUGGGGGAAGUUUUUUCUCGGGAUCAGGAUCGGUUGGGUAUUACGAUGGAACCUAUUUGGUGCAAGACAAUGAGGAUAUCAUUGUUGUUACAUUCAAUACACAAAGUUACCGACUUACUGUCUUCGGCUAUCCGGAUUCCCCUGACUUGGACCCGAAAAAUCAAAACUUUGGAUUGUUGGACCAGGUGAGCAAGUCAAUUCAUCAAAACGAAGUGAGCUGA